AUUCCUUGACUCUCGCAUUGAACAGUCCCACCUGACCCUUACACAUUCAUUCACUGAAUAUCCUGCCGGUCUCGAAUAGACUGUUGCGUCCAUUCUCUACCGAUCGCUCGAAAUGAGGAUCACCUCAAUCGCCUUGACGGCAGCCACUGCCACAGUGGUUGUCGCCCAACCUCAUAACCACGCUCACCGCCACGUCCACGAGCACAAAGCACGCGAUGUAUCGACCGUCACCAGCUGGGCUGCAGGUCCGACCGAAUACGCCUACGUUUUGGACGGACAGGAGAUCUCUGCAUCAGAAGUUUGCGCAGGUCUUACGGACCACGAAUUGCAGUUUGUAGACGGCUCGGAUCCUGGCGUCUGCUCGUCCGCGUCCUCAUCCAGCACCGCAGCCUCGACAACAGCCAGUCCCACUACAACCUGGGUGUACUCUGCCAGCAGCACUACCACCACGACCCUCUCCGUUGCCAGUACUUCGGCAGCCGAAUUCUACCAGCAAUCAUCGUGGGCAUCAAGCGCCAGCAGUAGUACCAGCUCUGCCAGUGCUAGCGCCAGCGCUAGCAGCGCUAGCUCAUGGGGUGAGAGCAGCUGGAGCUCGAGUGCGUCUGCUUCAUCAGCCUCAUCGACCUCGUCUGUCUCUUCUUCUGGCACUGGAGUCACUUCGUCUUUCCCCGAUGGUGAACUCGACUGCAGCACUUUCCCAUCCGACUAUGGUGCGAUCGCUCUUGAUUACCUCGAGUUGGGUGGCUGGGCCGGUCUGCAGCAAGUCACGAUCUCCGGCAGUGAGGUCACCAACAUUGUGACUGGCGUGGCCGGUGAUACAUGCACGGAUGGAAUGAUGUGUUCCUACGCAUGCCCACCAGGCUACCAGAAGUCCCAAUGGCCAUCAACUCAAGGCGCCAGUGGGCAAUCAGUUGGUGGUCUGGAGUGUUCCAACGGCAAACUGAAGUUGACCAACUCAGCCCUCUCAUCAAGCCUGUGCAUUGCUGGUGUUGGUGGUGUGGAAGCGACAAACAAUGCCGAUGGGGUUGUGGCCAUCUGCCGUACCGACUACCCUGGUACAGAAUCCGAGACCAUUCCGGUAGAGGUUCAACCUGGUUCGACAGAAGCCUUGGCUGUACCAGAUGCCUCUACCUAUUACACCUGGGAGGGAUCAGCCACAUCUGCUCAAUACUACCUCAACCCUAUUGGAUAUGGUGCGUCUAAAGCUUGUCAAUGGGGCUCUGCUGGAACACCCCUGGGCAACUAUGCGCCCAUCAACUUUGGUGUUGGUGCCAAGGACGGUACUACCUGGCUUUCCAUCUUCCAGAACUCGCCUACAACCAGCGCUCAGUACUCCGGCACGGUAGAGUUGACGGGCAACCUAUCCGGGUCUUGCAAGUACUCAAACGGUGAGUACUGCAGCGCCAGUGGAUGCAACUCGCAAGGAUGCACUGUAAGUCUCUCGAGCCCUUAUCUUGCUGAAUACGUGCUAACUUGAUAUCAGGUCUCGGUAAUAUCGGGCACU